UUCUUUCUUCCUCUAAUAUUGAUGUAUUUAUUUAAUUGUUUAAUAUAAAUAUAUGGUAUAUAAUGUAACAUGUAUAAGAGAAACAAACUUCUAAUAAUUUCGUUUAACUUUAUCAUGCUGAAUGGCAUUAUUUAAACUAAAUAAUCUCGACGUUGGCUGUACCUGUCGAUAUACAGCAUCGAAUGUGACAUGAAUCGUUGACAAAUAUGCAGUUUCACUGUGAAGACGGCUUAGAAUUAUUAUCAAGAUUCAGGGAGAAACAGUCUUCGAUUAACCUCGACGAAGUUUUAUUUCCCACCGGCGUCAGCAACGACAAACUCAUCGAAAUUAUUGGAGCAUCUUCUACUGGAAAAACUCUGCUGUUAUGUCAGUUUUUAGCAAAAUGUAUAUUGCCCGCGCAAUGUAAGGGAAUCAAAAUCAAUGGAUGCAACAUCUGUGCAAUAAUAAUCGAUACUCUUGGUCAAAUCCAAAUCAGUAAAAUAGCUGAAUUCAUGACUUCUAUGAUACACAAUGCUUAUCAAAAUAUCAGUAUAACACCACCGGUAGAAACGGUGGACUCUAUUGUGAAUAGGUCUCUGAAUAAUUUGACAGUAAUCAGAUGUUGCAGUAACGAUCAAUUCCAAAUAAUUCUAAAUAUGCUGAAAAAUGAGCUUCUUGAUAAUGAAAAGACUGCUCUCUUAGCUAUAGAUAAUAUAUUUGCUUAUUAUUGGCAAGAGAGAUGGAAAAAGGGUAUUCUCAGUAUGGAUUCCUAUGUAAAAAGUUUGGUCAAACAUAUACGAACACACACAUCUCAAUUUAGAAUCGUAACAGUGUAUACACGAUGGGAUAGACCUAUGUCUAAGAAUGAACCAGAUACAAAGGAUUAUCAUAUAUUAGAAGGGAUGGGUGUUAAUUACAAACUGCAGCUUUAUAGAAAUAGAGAAUCUAACAAGUUUAUAUGUCAUUUAAAGUCUAUGGAACAUGCAAAAAAAAUACAUUAUACAAUUUGUAAUUCUGGUAUAAAAUGGACUUUGUGA